AUGGAUCAUGCGGAAGACAGUGAGGCCCUGGCGGCCGCCCAGAGGUACUGCGUGGAAAGGCCCAUCUUCAGCCAUCCCGUCCUCCAGGAAAGGUUACACAAGAAGGACAAGGUUGCGGACUCCAUCGGGGAUAAGCUGAAGCAGGCAUUCACAUGUACUCCCAAGAAAAUAAGGAAUAUCAUUUAUAUGUUCCUACCCAUAACUAAGUGGUUACCAGCGUACAAAUUCAAGGAGUACGUGUUGGGUGACUUGGUCUCGGGCAUAAGUACGGGGGUGCUGCAGCUUCCUCAAGGCUUGGCGUUCGCGAUGCUGGCAGCUGUGCCUCCUGUGUUCGGCCUGUACUCUUCGUUUUAUCCUGUGAUCAUGUAUUGCUUUCUGGGAACCUCCAGGCACAUAUCCAUAGGUCCUUUUGCUGUCAUUAGCCUGAUGAUAGGCGGUGUGGCUGUUCGACUGGUACCCGAUGACAUAGUUAUCCCAGGAGGAGUAAACACAACGAACGGAACAGAAGCCAGGGAUGCCUUAAGAGUGAAAGUUGCCAUGUCGGUGACCUUGCUUUCGGGAAUCAUUCAGUUUUGCCUAGGUGUCUGUCGGUUCGGCUUUGUGGCCAUCUACCUCACGGAGCCCCUGGUGCGCGGCUUUACCACCGCAGCAGCCGUGCACGUCUUCACCUCCAUGUUAAAAUACCUCUUUGGAGUUAAAACCAAGCGGUACAGUGGGAUCUUUUCGGUGGUGUAUAGUACAGUUGCUGUGUUGCAGAAUAUUAAAAACCUCAACGUGUGUUCCCUAGGCGUCGGGCUCAUGGUUUUUGGUUUGCUGUUGGGUGGCAAGGAGUUUAAUGAGAGAUUUAAAGAGAAAUUGCCGGCACCCAUUCCUUUAGAGUUCUUUGCGGUGGUCAUGGGCACUGGCAUCUCAGCUGGGUUUAACUUGAAGGAAUCAUACAGCGUGGACGUCGUUGGGACACUUCCUCUGGGGCUACUACCUCCAGCCAAUCCAGACACCAGCCUCUUCCACCUCGUGUAUGUGGAUGCCAUUGCCAUAGCCAUCGUUGGCUUUUCAGUGACCAUCUCAAUGGCCAAGACCUUGGCAAAUAAACAUGGCUACCAGGUUGAUGGCAAUCAGGAACUCAUUGCCCUGGGACUGUGCAACUCCAUUGGCUCACUCUUCCAGACGUUCUCAAUCUCCUGCUCUUUGUCUCGGAGCCUUGUGCAGGAGGGAACCGGAGGGAAGACACAGCUUGCAGGUUGUUUGGCCUCCUUGAUGAUUCUGCUGGUCAUCUUAGCCACUGGAUUCCUCUUCGAAUCAUUACCCCAGGCGGUGCUGUCAGCCAUCGUGAUCGUCAACCUGAAAGGCAUGUUCAUGCAGUUUGCAGAUCUCCCCUUUUUCUGGAGAACCAGCAAGAUAGAGCUGACGAUCUGGCUCACCACCUUCGUGUCCUCCUUGUUCCUGGGCUUGGACUACGGUCUGAUCACGGCUGUGAUCAUCGCGCUGCUCACGGUGAUUUACAGAACACAGAGUCCGAGCUACAAAGUCCUUGGACAGCUUCCAGACACCGAUGUGUACAUUGACAUAGAUGCGUACGAGGAGGUGAAAGAGAUUCCCGGUAUAAAAAUAUUCCAAAUAAACGCCCCGAUUUACUACGCCAACAGCGACUUGUACAGCAAUGCCUUAAAGAGAAAGACUGGCGUGAACCCAGCAGUCAUCAUGGGAGCAAGAAGAAAGGCCAUGAGGAAGUAUGCUAAGGAGGUGGGCAAUGCGAACAUGGCCAACGCCACCGUGGCCAAAGCGGAUGCAGAAGUCGAUGGAGAAAACGCCCCCAAGCCCGAGGAGGAGGAGGAGGAAGUGAAAUACCCGCCGAUAGUCGUCCGAAGCACCUUCCCGGAGGAGCUGCAGAGGUUCAUGCCGCCAGGGGACGGCAUCCACACCAUCAUCCUGGACUUCACGCAGGUCAACUUCAUCGAUUCUGUCGGCGUGAAGACCGUGGCGGGGAUUGUGAAGGAAUACGGCGAUGUCGGCAUUUACGUCUACUUAGCGGGAUGCAGUGCCCAGGUUGUGAAUGACCUCACUCGAAACAGAUUCUUUGAAAACCCUGCCUUGAAGGAGCUGCUGUUCUACAGCAUUCACGACGCGGUGUUGGGCAGCCAGGCCCGAGAGGCGAUGGCCGAGCAGGAAGCCCUGGCGGCCCCUGGCCAGGAGGACCUGGAGCCCAAUGCCACGCCCACCACUCCGGAGGCGUAG